UUGACCAGCACAUAGGCAUGCGCCAACGGGAGCGUGUAUGAGUUCGCUGCAUGCGCCCAUUUUCUGGGCACACGAAAAUGGUUGUUGUUUCGCUAUUAGAAAAGCAGUUGUCAUAUUUUAUGAUUCAUGAAGAAGAUUGUUGCGAAGCACUUCGACGUCAUAAAUCAACGACUUACGGCCCCACCGACUAUAUAAGCUUGUUUGCAGAUGGCAUGCUAACGCCUCUCUCCUCCUCUGGUGAUUUUUUUUUUCUCUUUCUCUUCAGGGGGAAAAAAAAUGUCGCCUUCGUAUUAACCGGUAGCGGCUAGCGAGGGGUUACAGGGUGCCGUGAACAAGAACUAGUAGUAUUGCACUAAAAGGGCAGGUUUUCUGGAAUGCAUUUCUCUAAAAAAUGUUCCGUGUUUAAAGUAGUGCUUAGUGCUCUACUUAUUGUAGCGCUCCUGCAGCUCAUCUACCUGUCCUUCCUGUCGAAGCUGCACGGCAAGCAGCAGCGCUACAGGUACUCAGAGUUAUUCGGGGGCGCCGCUAAAAGAAAUGCGCACCUGGCCGCGGGCAAAAACACGCGGAAGGAGCAUCUCAAGUACUCGCUCUCCACCGGGGGUGUCUUUGAUGGCAGCGGACAGUAUCGCGUGUAUAAAAACUUAAUGAAAAGCGAUUUUUCCACCAAUCACAAGUCUGGCGCCUCUUCCCAGAGGGUGCUCCUGGCAACCCAUACGUCUAUAAAUAACUUGCACCACCUGGAAUCGCUGCUCGAACGCUGGCAAAAUCCUCUCUCUGUGGCCAUAUUUGCCCAUGGGCAGGAUGUCAAGUUUGCCACUGCGCUCGUCUACGCUCUUAGUAUUUUUUGCCCGCAGAUUCAAGCGCUGGUGGACUUCCAUUUAGUUUGUCACUCCGGAGAGAUGGCGAGUUUCCCGGAGCAGGACAGAGAGCAGUUUGCCGGGCUAGAAGACUGUGCCGGCGUGUUUGCUAAACUGGAGACGCAUCAAGACAAGUACAAGAACUAUGCAAUUGGCGCCAAUGUUUCGUAUCCCAACAACUUGCUGCGCAAUGUGGCGCGCGGGGCUUCCGAAGCCGCCUUCGUCCUCGUCAUUGACGUUGACAUGGUGCCGAGCGCCGACCUCCAUCAGCAGUUCCUUGCCAUGCUGAAGCGGCGCGAGUCCGCUCCCGAUGAGGUCUUUGUCCUUCCUGCCUUUGAGAUCCGCCACACUCGUAAGAUACCUGCCACCAAACAGGAAUUGCUGCAGCUGUACCAGGUGGGUGAGGUGCGGCCCUUCUACGAGGAGCUGUGCCCUCGAUGCCAGGCUCCUACCAACUACUCCCAAUGGGUGAACCUUCAUAAGCUCGAACCAGUGGAGCUGGAAGUGGCAUACACCCUUCGCUGGGUGGACCCUUGGGAGCCCUUCUACAUUGGACCACGCACUGUGCCCUUGUAUGAUGAGAGCUUCCAGCAGUAUGGCUUCAACCGCAUCAGUCAGGCAUGCGAGUUGCAUGUUGCUGGGUACAGAUUUUCUGUGCUCAGUUCCGCCUUCCUCGUGCACCGUGGCUUCAAGGUAGCUGGAGAGUUUCACGCUCGCAAGGAUGAGGAGAACCGCCGCAACCGGCUGCUCUUCCGCAGCUUUAAAGAAGGCCUGAAGACCAAAUACCCCAAUUCAGCUCACCGAUGCUGAUCAACUCUCUGAACACUGGCUCUGUGAGAGGUAGCCAGCUGUUUAGGUUCUUUGAUGGUCGUCUCAUCCAUUUCCAAGAAUCUGCACAAGAACCUGUAACUUUAACAAGACUU